AUAUGCGAGCUACUGCAUGUGCGGGUAUUAUUAAGUAUUAAUAAUCUUAGCAUUUAUUUCGGGAAAAUGUUGUUUGUCCUUAAUUCUUGGACCAGAGGUAGGGCUAACAACAUAACGAAAAGCCUCAUAACACUCGUACGGUAUAGGCCUCAUCAACAUGUCUGCGGGAUACGGAUAUUGGGAUAUACAUACAAAAUAUAUACAAAAACAACGGGUGGACCAAGCCAUCUGAUGAGCUAAACAGACGCUGCCCAGGACUUCUGGUUCUCCACUGAACUGGACCACUAACGUUACAUAACGGCUGAGAUGAGAACAGGGCAACGAGAAGACACUGGACCAAGUGGGGUCUAAAACUUCAAACAGGCACCAGACAAGGCGCGGAGGCCGGGGACUCAACGGUGAGCCCCCCUACGCGGCUGAUCUGCCAAAGCCAGAGCUGAUGAUGGAUGCGGUCAACACUCGCUACGUCCUCAGGUGGAACUACAGCACCACAGCCAACUUCACAGCCCAGUGGGCUUUCUCUCACUCCCUCUCCUACAGAGGAGUCUGCUUCGGUGUGGAGGCGCACUGCGAUUACUCGGCCCACCUGGACUACAGCGGGUUGUUCGUCCUGAGGGUCAGGGCAGAGGCCGAGGGUCAGAUGUCGGACUGGGCCAUUAGGGAGUUCUGUCCGGACGUUGAUGCGGCCCUCGGGACCCCGUCCGAGUUGGUCGUGGAGGCGGGCGACUCCAUGGUCACCGUGAGCUUCAAGGAGCCGAUGGCGGAGAGCGGUGAGCCCAUGAGUUCGGUGCUCAGUCAGAACAGCCCGGAGGCGACCAUGGCCUUCAGACUCUGCUUCCGGGCGGAGGACGCUCCCAGUCAGUGGCAGGCGAAGACGCUAAACACCACACUCCACACGCUGUCUCUGCCCGCACACACGCGCUACUGCCUGAAGGUCCGGGCCUUCAGCGAACACUUCGGGAAAAGGAGCCGCUACACCCCCGAGCAGUGCACCACCACCCUGGGCUCCUCUAUGCUCUGGCGUGUACUGCUGCCCCUGUUGCUGCUCUUGGUGGUUCUGGGGGGACUGGGCUUCUUGUGGACCAGGAGGCGGUGGAGGCAGUUCCUGCCCUCUGCGCUGCCCAGCAGCAUGAUGAUGGACUCCAAGUCCCAUCAGCCCCUGCUGGUUCCCAGGGAGAACUCUUGCGCCGUCACCGCCGUGGUCGCCAUGCCUACAGCAGAGCAGGCUGUCUCGGACGGGCCCGCAUUGGCCCCCAGCCCGGGACCGGAGACCGGCGGCUGUCACUGCUGAGCGACGUUCGGUGUCUGCUCUACCUCCCACACCCUCAGCUAGGGGGUCAGAGGGGUCAGAGAGGGGUCAGAGAGGGUUUAGAGGUCAGAGAGGGGUCACAGAGGGGUCACAGGGGUCAAAGAGAGUCAGAGAGGGGUCAGAAUGGUCAAGGGAGUCAGAGAGGGGUUAAAGAGAGUCAGAGAGGGGUCACAGGGGUCAAGAGAGUUAGAGAGGGGUCAGAGCGGUCACAGAGAGUCAGAGAGGGGUCUCAGGGGUCAAGAGAGUCAGAGGGGUCAGAGCGGUCAGAGAGGGGUUAAAGAGAGUCAGAGAGGGGUAAGAGGUCAGAGAGGGGUCACAGGGGUCAAGAGAUUCAGAGCAGUCAAAGAGAGUCAGAGAGGGGUCACAGGGGUCAAGAGAGUCAGAGGGGUCACAGCGGUCACAGAGAGUCAGAGAGGGGUCACAGGGGUCAGAGAGGGGUUAAAGAGAGUCAGAGAGGGGUAAGAGGUCAGAGAGGGGUCACAGGGGUCAAGAGAGUCAGAGCGGUCAGAGCGGUCAAAGAGUCAGAGAGGGGUUUAAGAGGGUCAGAGAAGGGCUAGAGGUCAGAGAUAGGUCAAAGAGGUCAGAGAAGGGAGGGGUCAGGUAGGGGACGCUGCUGCCCCCCCGGACCCCCAGAGGUCCAGGCCACGGUGUGUUUCCGAAACUUUUAUUUAUACGUUUAUACGACUGUACUCACUGUCAUUAAUGCUGCACUGAGCAUCUACCAUAGCCACUGUUACACCACUCUAGACUUCACAGUAACCGUAGCGAUCCAGUGUUUUCUAAUGCCUGAGGGGUUAAGCCACCUGCUGCAGGAGGCCUCAAGGCGGACCCAGGACAAUGGGCUUUGAACCACCAGGUUCCACCAGCGGGGCCCAGGGUCUGACCGGACAUGGCUGAGUUCCUGAGGAUAACAACAACCUUCCACCAGAAGCAUGCUUUUAUACCACUAUCAAACUCCAUCAACCCCACUAUUUUUACAAUAAACUAUAUGUUUUUGUAUAAACUUGA